UUAAUAUUUAUAUAACAUUAAUGGAUUAUACAAACUAGAGACCUCCUUAAAAUUAUUCAUAAAUGGAUGACUAAAAAACACAAGAUUUGGAAGAAAGUGUUUCUGAAACAAUUGUAAUUCAAAUUACUUAUUUAGAUGAGAGAUUUAAAAAUGAUUGCUUAUAAAUUAAAAUAUGUUUUAAUUCCAAAAGAAUAAGAGGAUAAUGGUAAAGAAUUAAGAAAUUGUAAACUUUAUAAUUAUAUAAAUAGGGGAUUUAUGGGGACCUUUAAUAUUUUGUUUAGUUUUGGCUAUGUAAAUUACUAUCUUCUAUUGAAGGACUCUAAGUUUUAAGGCUGAAUCUACAACUACUAGUACAAAGUCUGAUGUAUUUGCAAUAAUAUUUGUUCUUAUUUGGGUUGGAGCUUUUAUAGUAACUCUAAAUGCAUAAUUAUUAGGAGGAAAAGUGUAAUUGAAAUCAAUUUUAAUACUUAGAUCAUUUUUCUAAUCUGUUUGUUUAUUGGGUUAUUGUGUAUUUCCAAUCAAUAUAGAAGCAAUCAUUAUAGCAUUUUUUGGAUCCUAUUUACCAUUUUUAGUGAAAUUGAUUCCAGUCUUCUUAUGUUUUGCUUGGUCUGCUUAUUGUAAAUAUUAGAAUUUAUGAAUCCUAGCAUCUGUUGGCUUUAUGGCAUCAUUAGUACCACCACAUAAAAAGAAAUUAGCAGUUUAUCCUGUAUUUUUAUUCUACUUGUUUUUGUCAUGGUUUUCUUUGAUAGUAUGA